UUCAAUCGUAAGUCCAAUAAAACCGAUAAGGUGAAAACCUAAAUUAGGUCAAAUUCUCCAGUCACAUGAUUGGAAAAUGGCGGUUGCAAGGAGGGUGCUCGUUGCUGUCCUGGUAACAUUUCAUUUUUAUGCAUCUUUUACGUUCGACUAUCCAUUUAGAAACACGUCUCUGCCAUGGGCAGAUAGGGUGAACGAUCUUGUAGACAGAUUAACAUUGGAAGAGAUUAUUCUUCAAAUGGCUAAAGGAGGCGCAGGACCGGGAGGACCUGCGCCGGCGAUACCUCGACUGGGGAUCGCCCCCCAUCAAUGGAACAAUGAGUGCCUGCGUGGGGUAGGUUAUGGAGGCACAGCUACUACUUUUCCCCAAGCUCUGGGACUGGCUGCAGCAUUUAGCACAGACCUGAUAUUUCGAGUUGCCAGAGCUUCAGCCACAGAGGCAAGAGCCAAGUACAAUGAUAACAUCAAGAAGGGGAACUACGGAGACCACACUGGCAUCAGUUGUUUUGCUCCUGUGAUAAACAUUAUGAGGCAUCCAUAUUGGGGAAGAAAUCAGGAAACUUAUGGAGAGGAUCCCUAUUUCUCUGGUGUGUAUUCUCAAAACUUUGUCCAUGGCUUACAAGGACAAGACCCACGCUAUGUUCUGGCUAAUGCCUGCUGCAAACAUUUUGACGUCCACGGUGGACCAGAGAAUAUACCUGUGUCACGCUUUGGGUUUGAUGCAAAGGUUUCAGAGAGAGAUUUUAGGACAACCUUCCUCCCUGCAUUCAAGGCUUGUGUUGGUGCAGGCUCUUACAGUGUCAUGUGCAGCUACAACAGACUAAAUGGGAUUCCUACUUGUGCCAACAAAAAACUGCUUACAGACAUAUUGAGGAAAGAAUGGAAUUUCACAGGAUAUGUUGUCAGUGAUGAAGGUGCAAUUGAAAACAUAAUAUCAUAUCAUAAGUAUCUUAAAAACCCUGUGGACACUGUAGCAGCAUGUGUUAACGCUGGAACCAAUUUGGAACUUUCACCAAAUCUCAAUGCCACAGCUGUGUAUAUGUCUAUGGGGAAAGCCAUAGAGGCAGGAAAGCUCACAAAAGAUACAGUCACACAAAUGGUCAAACCUCUAUUUUAUACAAGGAUGAGACUUGGGGAAUUUGACCCACCUCAGAUGGUCCCAUACAGCAAAUAUGACUUAAGUUAUGUUGAGUCCAGAGAACACAGAGAUCUGGCUGUGGAGGCAGCUGCCAAGUCCUUUGUUUUGUUGAAGAAUGCUGGACGUGUAUUACCCCUACAAACUGUACUAAAGUCUGUAGCAAUUAUAGGCCCAAUGGCCAAUGCCUCAUAUCAGAUCUAUGGAGACUACUCUGCCCCAGUGGACACUCGAUACUUCAGGUCCCCACUACAAGGUCUGACCACCAUGGCCCAAAAGGUAUUCUUUGCCCAAGGAUGUGAUGACCUCAACCCAUGCACAAAUUACAACCCAACAGCAGUCAUCAAUGCUGCAGCACAAAACGUGGAUGCAGUGGUGAUUUGUGCAGGAAUAGGUUGGAAUUUAGAAUCAGAGGGCAAGGAUCGCAGUAGUCUCGAGCUGCCAGGCAACCAAUCAAGGCUCAUCAUGGAUGCUGCUUCUGCAGCUAGUGGAAAGCCAGUGAUCCUGUUGCUCUUCAAUGCUGGUCCUGUGAAUGUGCAAUGGGCAAAGGACAGCUCCAAGGUGUCAGCCAUUUUGGCUUGCUUCUACCCAGCACAGGCAGCAGGUGAUGCCAUUAUACAGGUGUUGUGGAACCAAGGGGCUCAUGGUAAUCCUGCAGCCAGGCUGCCUGCUACAUGGCCGGCUAACGAUGCACAGGUACCACCGAUAACAAAUUAUACAAUGAUAGGGCGCACAUACAGGUACUGGAUUGGGCCAGGUGACCCUCUCUUCCCUUAUGGCUAUGGUCUCUCUUAUACAGAGUUCAUGUACUCAGACCUGAUUGUGCCAGUGACUGUGAGAGCUGGAAAUAAUGCCACUAUUGCUGUCAAUGUGACAAAUAUUGGAAGUUUACCAGGAGAUGAGGUUAUUCAAAUAUACAUAAUGUGGAUGGAUUCCAAGGUCGUUGUCCCCAGAUAUCAGUUAGCUGGCUUUGCUAGAGUCAAUAUACAAAAGGGCCAGACAGUCACACACAAGUUUGUCAUCACAGCAGAACAAAUGGCAGUGUGGGAGGACAAUAAGGGAUUUGUAGUUGAACCAGGUCGAAUUAAGGUGUAUGCAGGGGGUCAGCAACCUAACCAGUUCACACAUGCUCCAUCCAAUGUCUUAGAGGCCAUGUUUACUAUUGUUUAACUGCAAAUUUAAAACUCAUGCCAAAGCAGUGCCAUACAGUGUCAAUAGUCUGAGGUCGCCCUGCAUGUCAGGUGUACCGGCUUGCCUUUUUACAUAGUACUUUUGUAAAUGCUAUUUACCAAUCUUUUGUCUAGGGACUGGAUACCAGGAUGAUCUUGUCUGUCUGAUAGAAAUCAUGCAAGAAUUAUGAUAUAAUUCAGCUCAGAAGGAGUAACGCUGUUGUUAAUUGACCGAACAUUCUUAAUAGAAAUGUCAAAUUGGUGAAAAUAGAAUGUAUAUUUUAAUAGUGGGAUGUUUUUUAUCAAACUUUUUUCAUGAAGUUGUUAUCUAUACGUAACAUUUUGCAUUCAGAUGUGAUAUUGAGCUUGAAACAUUCCUGAUUCUUCAGCAAAAUCUCUCUGAAGUGAUGUUUUCUGAUUGAAAAUUAGAUUCUUUUUAUAUUCAAAUGCAUUCUUGUAUUUGUACAUACCUGUGUGAUUGUAAAUGAAAUAAAUGGAAAUGGAGUAAAAAGGACUUUAAGAUUAAAUUUUUAUGACAUUUUAAGCUAUUCUAUAAGCAGAAUUUUGACACUGCAAUUAAACUUUGUCAGGUUUGUUAAAUUAUUUCAUCAUGACUAAUGUUAGAUUUUUAAAAGAGAUUUUUCGUUUGUCCUGUGAGUCAAGUUACACAGUUAUCUUUACAUAAACAAUAAAGCAUUUUAUGACUGUGUUUAAACUAAAAAAUUAUUAUUAUCUAAUUUGGAAAUAAAAUAAUUCACAAAUUGAAAAA